CUCGUGAAAAACGGAUGAAUGCAGUGACGAGGAACAAGCGGCUCGCGGACUCUUUUAUUGCCGCUACAGUAACAGGUGAGCGGCCGUCACCUGCGUAAUCGCGUCAGAACACUGUACGGCUCCAGCGCGCAGCGCAGCAGGUCACAGGUAGGAUCCCAUCACUGACGUCACUGCCGGAGCUCGCGGUUCCGGGAGCGAGUGCGCGCAGACCAGUCGUCGAGUCGACGCACCUGGGCAGGUAGCGCAGGCUCGGCUGUAGGCGCCGUCCCUCUCGCUAGACGGGUCCUGCUCUCCCAGCGUGGACGUCGGCGCCCCCGAGGAUGAAGAACCAGGGGACGACCAACAGGCCCGACAACACGGCCUUCGACCAGCAGAGGCUUCCGGCCUGGCAGCCCGUGCUGUCGGCCGGAAUCGUCAUCCCCGGUUUCCUGCUCGUCGGCCUGGCCUUCAUCGGCAUCGGCGUCGCCCUCUUCGUCACCUCCCGGAGCAUCCAGGUGCUGGAGAACGAUUACACCGGCACCGGGUCCAGCGUGCACUGCAGCGAGUGCGUGAACCCCAAGACCACCCCCUGCACCUGCCAGCUGAACUUCUCGCUGUCCGCGCUGUUCCAGGGACCCGUGUUCCUCUACUACGGCCUGUCCAACUACUUCCAGAACGUCCGCGGGUGGGUGUCUCGCGAUGACAACCAGCUCUGGGGGGACCUGUCCAAGAGUCCUUCUUCGUCCUGCGCGCCCUACCAGUACGACCAGAACACCACCAUCGCGCCGUGUGGGUCUGUGGCCAACAGCAUGUUUAAUGACACCUUCACGCUCUACCAGCUGGUUAACGCGACCAGGAAGACGGUCCCCUUGGACGGGAAGGGCAUCGCCUGGUGGACGGAUUACAACAUCAAGUUCCGGAACCCACCCGAGGUGGAUGGCUCUCUGGCGGCCGCCUUCAACGGAACGGUGAAGCCUGUGAAUUGGCCCAAGCCCGUGUAUGACCUGGACCCAACGAACCCAGCCAACAACGGCUUCCUGAACCAGGACUUCCUCGUUUGGAUGAGGACGGCGGCUCUGCCCGACUUCUGGAAGCUGUACCGACGGAUCACCGAGGGGGAGUACGCCAGCGGCCUGCCCGCAGGCAACUACACCCUGGAAAUUCAAUACAACUACCCAGUGGCAAACUUUGCUGGCCGCAAGUCGGUGAUCUUCAGCAACACCUCCUGGAUGGGGGGCAAGAACCAGUUCUUGGGGAUCGCCUACCUGGUCACAGGUUCGCUCUGCGUCGUCAUGUCUGCGGUGAUGCUCAUCGUCUACGCCAAGUUCAACAGCCCCGAUGAAGACUUCUGACCGGCUGCAGUUACGGUUAUGCAGUAGUGUGUUUUGGGCUGAUAAUAUGGGAUCGUGUGUGUGUGUGUGUGUGUGUGUGUGUGUGUGUGUGUGUCUGUGUCUGUGUCUGUGUCUCCACGUGCGCCCAAGCCUACAAAGUUGUUACAGGUGUGGACCGAGAAAGAACUGACCCCUUUUUAAAAGUGGUGCAUGAAUAUGUUAUUUAUGAGAAGCUAAUGCAACACUGUUUACUCCCCACUGUCACAUGUUUAUUAUCCUCUCUCGGGUACUGUACAUUUUUAUGCCCCCCCCCCCUUUUUUUUUUUCUCAGGUUGGUGAUGCUUGGAACAAAACUUGAAUCUGUUGUUUGUAUUGAACUCUGUGUUUAGUCAUAUCUUGUAACCGAGACCAAACGGUAAGCUUGCACGUAACGCUGGAAUGUUCUUUUUCAUAUAUACAUACAUACAUAUAUAUAUUACUGUGUGAAGUUGCAUUUUAAAAUGAACUUGGUCCUUACACAAUCACUGGGCUUGACUUCUUUCCUCGGGUUCUCUUCUCAUGUUUUACCUUUAAAGAAAAAUAAAUGUGGUUUUUA